AUGCUGAUUGGAAACAUGGGCAGCGUUAUGGCUCAGUUUCUACUUCUUCUCCUAUCAGCAUGUCUCGCUAUCGAGGCCCUAGUGCGGGUUCCUAUGCACAAAACAACCUACCCGCGUAGCUCAUACAAAGUCGCUUCUAUCGCUGAAUAUUUGAAGCAGAAGUACAUCAAGGGAUACAAGUUCGACUCUAAUCUUGCCUACAACGAGGGUCUCUCGGAUUACUCUAAUGCUCAAUACUAUGGCACAGUCCAAAUUGGGACGCCACCACAGACCUUCCAACUUCUUUUCGACACCGGCUCCUCAAACCUUUGGGUGCCUUGCAAGACCUGCAAAGCUAGCGAUAUUGCCUGCGAUUUCCACACCAAAUUCGACUGCAAGAAGUCUUCCACCUGCACAGAAACCAACCAGCCGUUCGAGAUUCAGUAUGGAUCUGGCUCAAUGAAGGGAGUUGUUGACAAUGAUGUUGUUUGCUUCGGAUCUGACCACACUUGGUGCACAGACAAGACCCAAGGACUGGCUUGCGCUACGCAGGAACCAGGAAUUGCUUUUGUUGCUGCUAAAUUCGAUGGUAUCCUUGGUAUGGGGUGGGAUCGAAUUUCAGUAAAUAACAUUCCUCAGCCAAUGGAUCAGAUCUUUGCCAAUAAGGCUUUAUGCCCAGAAGCUUUGUUUGCAUUUUGGCUCAAUCGCGAUCUCAACAACAACGUUGCCGGAGGAGAGAUGACUCUGUGCGGAACUGACCCUGCUCACUACAAGGGUUCAAUCGCAUGGGAACCACUAGUGUCUGAGGAUUAUUGGCGCAUCAAACUUGGAGCUAUCCAAAAGAAAAUUGGAGCAUUCGCAAUUCUUAAUGGUGAAUACGAGAUUCAAUGCAGCCGUAUUCCUCAGCUUCCCCCUAUCACUUUCACCCUUGGCGGUCAGGACUUUGUGAGUCAAAAUGGCCAGACCACCUGCAUCUCCGGAUUCAUGGGUCUUGACAUUCCUGCACCAAACGGACCUCUAUGGAUCCUUGGAGAUGUCUUCAUCGGCAAGUUCUACUCAGUGUUCGAUAGUGGAAACAAACGUGUUGGAUUUGCAACUGCUGCUAACUCCAACUAA